UCCGUCCCUGUCUUUUCUUUUUCUCUCCCCGUCGAUCCCAAAAAUAUUAGGGUUUCUACGCCUAUAUUACCAGAUUGCUUGCUGCAACAAUGUCUUCGUCGAGGGCAACUAGAGUGAAAAACAAAACGCCUGCAACGAUACAAAUCACAGCGGGGCAGAUUCUUCGUGAGGCUCGGGAGCGUCAAGAGGCGGAGGAGAUCCGUCCGCCGAAGCAGAAGAUAACCGAUGCGACGGAGCUCGGCGAGUACCGCUUGGGGAAGCGGAAAGAGUUUGAGGAUUUGGUUCGGCGAGUUCGAUGGAACAUUCGCGUGUGGAUCAAGUACGCCCAGUGGGAAGAGUCACAGAAAGAUUUCAAACGCGCUCGGUCCGUUUGGGAAAGAGCAUUGGAAGUUGACUACAAGAAUCACACCCUGUGGCUCAAGUAUGCGGAGAUGGAGAUGAAGAACAGAUUCGUAAACCACUCGAGGAACGUUUUCGAUCGCGCGGUGACUCUUUUGCCGAGGGUUGAUCAGUUAUGGUAUAAGUACAUUCACAUGGAGGAGAAGCUUGGCAAUGUCGCCGGAGCGAGGCGCGUUUUUGAUAAGUGGAUGAAAUGGAACCCUGACCCGCAGGGAUGGCUCUCUUACAUUGACUUCGAGAUUAGGUACGAUGAAACUGAUCGUGCUCAAGGGAUAUUUAAGCGUUUUGUUCAGUCUCACCCGAAGAUUGGGGCUUGGAUUGAGUAUGCCAAGUUUGAGAUGAAGAAUGGGGAGGUUGUUAAGGCAAUGGAUGUUUAUGAGAGAGCUGUUGAGAAGCUCGCGGAUGAUGAGGAAGCUGAGCACCUGUUUUCUGCGUUUGCUGAGUUUGAGGAAAGAUGUAAGGAGACAGAACGAGCAAGAAUUAUAUAUAAAUUUGCACUUCAUCGGAUUCCCAAUGGAAGGGCACAGGAUUUGUAUAGCAAGUUUGUGACCUUUGAA